AUGAUAGUUAACACUACUGCCGACGAUCCCGAGCUUGAUAGAUAUCUUUGGAAGGGUAUCAAGAACGAAGAUGUAGUGCCAACGAAAACAGGAGGAAAGGUCAUCACGUAUAGCCUGCAAUCGAGAUUGGGGAAACGAGCGCCUACAUUCUACGGGCCGCUCAUCAAGACACCAUGCCUUUUCUGUGGAAAGAAAGCCAGAUCAGUCUCCAAUGUCAACAUCGGUCAAUUCACCCCAGACUCGAUGAUCGAUAGGAUGAAAUGGGGAGCCAAAAUCGGGCAAUGCCUGUUCUACGGGCAACGUAACAAGGCCAUGAAAGACAACCCGGACUACAGGGGCUCGUCUUUAUCACGCUGGACCACCGAUUGGGGUUGUGCUCAGCCCGUUAUCAGGCAGGAAUUCUUUCGCACUAUUUGGCAAUUAUGGCCAAAUGAACAAGGCGAUGUGCGUGACAGCUGCGAGACAGGGCAAAAUUACUACUGCUUGAAUUACUUUGAGCCUAAGUGCUGCUGGCUCAACGGAAUCCUCGGUGAAAAGACGCAAUGGAAGGAGAAUGGUAUGAAGUACUUCAAGGCCAUGUCCCGAGCCAUGGCCAGAACCUGCCAAGGCGAAGUGUUUGUCAUGCUAGACAACAAGAAGAUGCUCUUGAAACAAUAUGCCCACGCUAAAGACACUCCAUCCAUCUGGCUCUACGACGAACUUCCUGAACUUCAGAAUCUUUACAAUCAAGGGAUAGUCACAAAGCUUACGGUGAUACGCGUGGGGGACUGGAGGCGAUUUGAUCGAACAGGCUAUGCAUUCAGGAACGAAGAAGAACCUAAAGAUGUUGAUGAAGACGAUGCCAAUGCACCGCCUGCGGACAUAAAUUCGCGUCGCGUUCGCUCGGUUCCAGAGAACUACAAAGAUGAUCAGGAAAUCACUGCGAUGGCGAUCAAGAUGGCCAAGGCUCUGGCAAAGAAAGAAGCAGAGCUUAUAUUGACAGGGGAAAUGGAGAAAGCUAAAUCCGAAAUGUAUAACUUGCAAAAGCGCGGGUUGUGCACAAGUGCAGCCGACCAAGAACCUCCGGGUAUGGACUGGUUUGGAUGA